CCCUGAGUUGAUAUUCCACGUCUUCGAUUUUGCUAAGCUGAAAUGUAGUCGGCUUCUCAUCGAGUCGAUUCGGCGUUAAAGUCAACUAGCUAGUAGUCAACCUAGAACGACUAUAUUGAUAAUUCUAUACGUACGGCUUCUUGCAAAUACAUUGCUCGUGUUGAUACAGUAUCUCGUAUGCCAAUUUCUAUACCCAACAGCCCUUGCAGCGUCGCAGCCAAACACCCCAACACGUCCCAGCACCGAAUACGGGGUUUUCUCCACCCGGAGAUAAAUCCUCAUUUAGGAAAUACCAAGGAAUCAAAUUAAAAGGCCAAUCGCAUAUAAAACCACGUACAGCGCAGAUGCUUGAUCGGAAAGCUUCAGCAGUUGGUUUGCGGAGGACCAGGAGCAUUGUCUAGUUUGUUACGAUGAGGGUUACAGAGAUUCUACUAGCUGUAGCUAGUCUAACCGCGACGACGACUUCCCACAUCCUAAAGCCUAUAUAUGGCAGGCAGGAUUCGAUUUUGGAGGUUACCCUGACACCUUCGCCGACGGGCGAGGCUGCUGAAUUGAUCGCCACUAUUCAAAACGUCGGUUCCGAGGAUCUUAAUCUGCUACGACUUGGUACUAUUCUCGACGAAGUAUUGCCGGUUCAAAAAAUCUCCGUCGUAGAUGAAUCAGGCGUAGAGGCUCCUUUCAGGGGGAUCCACGCGAGUAUUCGGCACGAUGCUCUUACAGCCAAGAACUUCCGUCUACUAAAGGCGUCUGAAUCUUUCGACACGGUUAUCAAAGCUGCUACCGUACACAAGUUCGAAAAAUCCGGGACAUAUACGUUCAGGGCCGUGGGAAUAAUCCCGGUAGCAGCGGCUGGGUCUACUGAGCUGUCCGGCCCGGCGAUAUCGAUCUGUUCUAACAGUAUAAGUCUCCACGUCGAUGCUCAAAGUGCCGCGGCCGUCCCUAAACUUCUGAGUUUGAAUCCGCUCGAGGGACGCACGAAUGUAGCAGACGGCUGCAACGCCACACAGCUAGCCGCCAGUACCGCAGCCCUCGACAACUGCAAAACCUUAGCUCUAGCAGCCGCAGCUGAUGCCGCAGACACGUCAUCCUCUCGAUUUGUCGAGUAUUUCAAGACUAACUCAUCGACGACGCGGCAGACUGUCGCGGACAGGCUAACGGCGGCAGCAAAAGAGUGUUCGACGACUAAUUCGGGGCUGUCGCGAUAUUUCUGCUACGAUUACUACGGCAUAUGCGAGACGGAGGGACCGUUGAACGCAUACACCAAGUGGGAUUUUGAUUUCGUCGUCAUGUGCCCGCUGUUCUACGAUACGCUUCCCGCGCUGCCCCAAGGCUGCCAUCGCCAGUGCCAGGCUACGACCACGAUACACGAGAUGACGCACUGCGAAGACGUAUAUAGCCCGCACACGAACGACUUCGUAUACGGGUAUAACGAGAGCGUGGCGUUAUCGCCCGAAGAGGCGCUGCUUAACGCAGACAAUUACUCGCUUUAUGCCAAUGGUAAGACACUAUACUUGUUAAGGGGCGAGUGAUCGAUGCUGACGUAUUGAAGCUGUAUAUUUGAAGUGUUAAAUCAACU